GUUUUACCUGGAUGUUUCCAAGGUUAGGUGGGGGUUAAUGACAAUGUUUCAAGUUUUGGCUUUGUUACCUAUCAUUUUGGUGGUGAAAUGUUGGGAUCCCGAUGCAGGUUUAGUACAAUCCUACACUAAGCUCCCUGGAGUAUCAGUACAUGCUUCUUCGGAUCAGAAUCUAGCCCAUCUGGUAGUAGAUGGCAAGGACAGCACAAACUGGGUAUCUUCUGGCUGCCUUCCAGAAAAUUAUGUAUCUCAGAAACAGCUGAAUAUUCUGAUGGAUUCUUGUAGUCAAGGUCAUUGCGCUUCGAGUUCCGGAACAUCUGGCAUAAAUCUAGCUACCGAUGGUAAUUUUCAGACGCAGUUUGAGGUGAAAGUUGUUAACGGGCAAUCACACUUCCAAGUGGACUUGCCUACCCCUUUAGAGAUGAAAUUUCUAUCGAUAAAAGGCGUGUUUCGGGCAGAUACUCAAUUAGAAAUCCUUUACCAUUCACAACACAAACUUAUUAAAACUUUAAACCCCAGCGAUGACUACAAAAAAGAGAAAUUUGAUAUUGGAGGAUCACUAAUAUCUGGCUUUAGUAUUUCGUCCACAGCUGAUAUCACUCUAUCAGAGGUAGCCGCUCUGCAGAAGAACUGUAAAGAUCGAGUUGCAGUCGACUUUGGUCAGUCGAAAACAGUUGGCACUAUACGUGUACGUCAUUGGCCGGGAAACGGGGCUGUGUCAUCUAAUCUACUUGUGUCUUCUGAUGGUGUUACUUGGGAGGUUUUGCAGAAGUUAGACCCCCAAAGUGUACAUGCCGUUGAAUAUAAAAUAAAUCCACCAAGAAUGCUUCGAUUUGUAGCAGUGCAACACGAAUUGACGUAUACAGACUGGGCGAAGUCAUUCAUUUGGGAAAUUGAUGCCUGGGAUGAAAAUGGGCGGUGGGGAGCAGCACCAAAGCCACAAGUAAAUAGUAGGUCACUACAAUACAUGUUUGGUGUGAAUGGUAUUUGGGGCUGGGGUCAUCGGGUUGACAGUUCUGGUUUUAAACAAGGGGAAGGUGCCACGUUGUACGAUGCUAUUUGUUCCCAUGCUAGAAAUUAUCACAUGCUGACUUGGGACAUAAAAGGACCAGGUGACAGAGCUAACUAUGCAUCAAUGGCACAGGGGCACGGUACCAGUGCGUUGUCUUGGGUAAAUUGGGACAAGGAAUAUGGGUUGUGGAGAAAAGCUAAUUUAACCAUAGACGCAACUCUACAAUUUAGAAAAGAUCACUUUCCAGUUUCCGCCUGGAAAAAUCCCGAUCAAGAUAGCUAUAAUAUAGGAUUGGAUUUCGCCCGUCAUUUUGGACCCACUGUGGGAAACAAGCUGGUUAAAUCUGCUGAGGUUGGCAAUGAACCAUGGGAUUACACAGGGCCGUUUUAUUCACAGAUAUUGGGUGGAAUGGCCAGGGGCUUGAAAGUUGGCGAUCCACAAAUGACCGUAUUAGCAGGUGCCUUCCAGGCUCAUGACAAAUCGAGCGAGAGUCCUCCAAUGGCGAAUUACAUCGGACCAAGGGUAACUCCACCAGCGGCUCAAUACAUUGACGUAGUGAAUGGUCAUUAUUAUAAUUUUAUUUAUCAACCAUCUGGAGUAAGAACCAUGUCAUUCCCAGAAGAUACACGAGGAGAAUUCAACGGUGUAAAAAAUCUCAUUCGUUGGCGGGACUUGAAUAUGCCUGGUAAACCCGUGUGGAUUACAGAAUGGGGGUGGGAUUCUGAAGGAGCUGGACAGACAUGUACAUAUAGUGAAUGUGUAUCGGAGGAUGCUGCUUGCCUCUAUGGAAUACGGGGUUUAUUGAUCCUGGCCAGAUGGGGUAUAGAGAGGGCUACUUGGUUUUUCUAUGCCAACCUGGACCAGCGAGAAUGUCCAAAUGAGAACCAGCACAUAUUUUGCAGAAGUGGUUUAACAGGAUCUUCCGAAGUCAACUUUGCUAAGAAGAAGGUAUUCUUUACAUUUCAGAACUUGCUUAGUUUGAUUGGAAACAAACAUUUUCUAAAGGUCGUGAAGGAAGAUCAGGAUGGAUACAUUUACUUGUUUGGGGAUCUACGAGAUAAUUCUGCAAAAAAGCCCGUCGCUACACACCUUUUAGGAUGGCGACCUGUUGAUGCUUCAGACAGGGCAACAAAGAUAGUUGAUGUUCAUUUAAAGUCUUCUCCUUCCAAAGCCUGGAGAAUCGAAACAGCGUCUAGUGCAGGAUCUAUAGCUACCGUUUCUCUCCCAACAGUACACGGUGACCAACAAUGGCAACUUCCACUUAACAGUGAACCACUUGUUGUCCAAAUAACAGAUUUACAUGUUGCUCAUCCUGGACUAAUAGGCUGAUUUAAUAUACAAACUUGUAUACAUAAUUUAACGUAGCCAUGUUUCGAGCCUUUUUAAAUUAUACUAACUUUUAUUAUUUGCAUGCCUAUAAAAUAAUUAAUUAGCAAACCUCCACGUUUUUUCCAAUUUCAAUUAUUACAACGACUUAAUGAUGUAUGUUUGUUUAUGUUGCAAGUAAAUGUAAAGCUGGUUCAACCUGUCUAAAUGUUUUGCUCCAAUGCAUGCAUUACGUAUAUUCAAAGCCCAAAUUGAAUUUUGAUUAAUGAACUAUUACAAAGUCGGUUGUGUCCAUGUUAAACGGAAUGAUAAAUACAAUUCCACAGAAAUUAAAACCUUGUUCCACUCACCAACCAUUCUUUUUGGUAAGUGCAUAUAAGUCAGUACUAUAAGUAAGACAAUAAAUGUAUUUAGAUGUAAAC